AUGCAAAAGGCAACCUACUACGACAGCUCCGCAAUUUACACUGGCUACCCGUAUCAAAGCGCAAAUGGCUUCAGUUAUGAUGCCAAUCAAGUCCAAUAUCCCCGGGCUUCUCAUGUGGAAAGUGAGUACCAUCGACCUGCAUGCUCCCUGCAGUCUCCCGACGGCUCCGUGGCCUUGCAGAAGCAGGGGGAGAUGGCAGAGAGCUGUGACAGAACCUCCGCCAUUCAGGCGGCACAGUCCACGGUACAUCCCGAAAGCAAUCAAGCACAGGUGUCGGUGUCAGGGCCCCCUCCUCCCCCUCCUCCUCCACAAUCUCCCGACGCUGUCGCCCAAAACACGAGCAACGGGUCCAACCAGCCGGCUUGUGUAAAGAAUGGUUCGCCGACGUCAUCGGCACGCAGCAAGCAAAUCUUUCCCUGGAUGAAGGAAUCCCGCCAGAACACCAAGCAGAAACCCACCAGUAGCACCAGUUCAGUAGAGAGUUGCCCCGGAGACAAGAGUCCACCGGGGUCCGCGGCUUCGAAGAGGGCGCGGACAGCUUACACGAGCGCCCAGCUGGUGGAGCUCGAGAAGGAGUUCCACUUCAACCGCUAUCUCUGCCGGCCGCGAAGGGUGGAGAUGGCCAACUUGCUGAGCCUCACCGAGAGACAAAUUAAAAUUUGGUUCCAGAACCGUCGGAUGAAAUACAAGAAGGAUCAGAAGGGGGUUGGGAUGAUGCCCUCCCCUGGCGGCCAGUCCCCGCGCAGCCCCGGGGGGCCAGGUUCCGCGAAUGGCGGAGGAGGAGGAGGAUACCUCAACUCUAUGCAUUCUCUUGUCAACAGUGUUCCUUAUGAAUCCCAGUCGCCGACGUCGUACAACAAACCCCACCAAAAUGCGUACGGUAUUGCGACGUCAUAUCCCCCUCCGUUGAACAGCUCUCUGAACAACUGCCCGCCCUCCCAGAAGAGGUAUGCUGGGACGGACUCGGCCACGCCCGAGUAUGACGCGCACCCUCUCCAAGGCAAUGGCAACUACGGGACGCACAUGCAGAGCAGCCCUGUUUAUGUUGGCGGAGGCUACAUCGAUUCAAUAGCCAACUCUGGGCCCUCCGUGUUCGGUCUGACGCAUCUCUCGCACCCGCCGUCCGCAAACAUGGACUAUAACGGAGCAAUCACAAUGGGCACCAACAGUCACCACCACGGAGUGUGUGAUCCGAACCCGACGUACACAGACCUUACGCCGCACUAUUCUCAGGGAAGAAUUCAGGAAGCGCCCAAACUGACGCAUCUGUAGCGGUGUGGCGCAGCCCACCCCAUUGUCUUAUACUUCCAGACAAAUUAUGUAUUUCUUUCUCAACGACCUCCUUGUGGCUUCCUCUUUCUCUCUGCUUUUAGUUUUUUUUUGUGUGUGUGAAAUAGCUUAGGAAAAAUAAUCACGCUUGCUUGAAUUCGUCUCUAUUUACUUGUGUCAUUGUUCCA